GUCUCCUCCCCGCGCUGCCUCGGUUUCCCUCCUGGGAAGAGUCCGGUGAGUCUCCUCUCUCUCUCUCUCUCUCCCCCCUUGGGGCGCCUGGGGGAGAAGGGGGUCCCAGGGGGGAGGGGGAGACCCCCAAGUCUGGGAGCAGAGGGUCCUGCUGCCCCCUGGAAAUGGGGGAGCCCCUGCCAGAGCCCCAAGGGAAGCCUCUCUGGGCUGCAGGGCCGGGCCUGGGGAAAGAGAGGCUGAGCUGGCUGCCCGGGGCUUGCCAGGCUGCCCUCCAUGAGGCAGUGCAGGGGGGGAAGGAGGGAGGGGGCUCGGGGAGGGGGCAGGGCGGCAAACCUUCCUCUCUCGGACCCCUGGAGGGGUGCCCUGUCCCCGGGGACCAAGGCGCAGGCGGGGGUGGGUGCUGCGCAGGCAAGCGGAGCCAUGGGGUGCUUCCUAGUUUGGGGGCUGCUCACCCCCCUUGCUGGACAAAGACUGGACCCCAUCCCUGAGGGCGUCUCUCGGCUGGCAAGGAAAGACCCCUCUGGAGAGCAGACCAGACCCCGCUCCAUCAAGCCUUCCUGCCUUGCGCGGGGUGGGACUAGAUGACCCUUCUUCUGACCCCUGCAAGACUCUCUCCCUCUCAGAGUCUGGGCCCCCAUGGAGCCUCUCCCCUUCACCCCCCUCCCUGGCUCCAAAACUUCCCUGCUGGUCCCCUCUGGGAUUAGGGGAUUAGGGUUUCCCACAAUACAUUUCCAGAAGCAUCCUCAAGGCAUCAUAGAUCUGUCACAGAAAAGGUGUGGUCUCAGGUAGAACCUGAGCUCCAGGCUUGGCCCCGUCCAUCAAUCUAGUCUUCCAUCACAUUGCAAAGGAAAGCAUGGACAGUUCAAAUACAUCCCUUGGUCUUGUCUGGGCUUGGUCCCACUAUAGAGUGGGUAGGCAUUGUGAUUGAGACGGUUAUCUGUUUGCCACUCUUGGGGCAGGAUCUCACCGGUCAUGACUCCUUGGGAAGGCCCUGUACAUCUCUGGAUUAUGGUGGGCUCACUCACCCCUCCCCUUAUGCCUCACUUCCCUGGGUCCGAAAUGCCAUUGGAACAGAGAAGAUUGAAACAACGAUGUGACUUCUUGUGAAUUCCUAAAGUUUAACAAUAUGUAGCUGCUUUAAAGUGUGGAUCCAAGGGUAUGUGGCAGAAUAGUAAUGGGGAACCCCCGUCUCCCUUGCGGUUAGUCUGGAUAAGCUGUGGGCUCCUUGGGGCAGAGUCCUUGGCACAGAUGGAGGAGGGGGGGGGGAAGGAGAGCCCCUAAGUGCAGGGGCAGAAGCGGGAAAAGUGCAGGAAUGGAGAGGGAGGGGGUCCCUCGGCUUGCAAAAGGUUAAAAGGAGCAGAGCGGGAUUCCUAGAGAGGACAGGAAGUGGAGGGGGGGUGAAGGUCCUCCAUGGCUAAAUCCCCCCUCCCCCUCCCUCCCUCCCUGCCUUCUUCUUCUCUCGCCUUUGCAAAAGCCCCUCCUGGACUCAGGUGAGUCUCCUCUCUCCUCCCCCUGAGGGUGCAAUGGGGAGAAGGGGGUCCCAGGGGGGCAGGGAGGGGGCGUGGGGGUCCCUUUUCAGAUCAUGCCUGGUGGGAGGAGACCCCCAAGUCAGGGAGCAGGGGGUCCUCCCUUGUCCUCUCUGCCAAGCCAGGGAGGGGCCAGUUCGCAGGAGGACUGCAGCUCUGCUCUUCCUUGGGAUCCAGAUGCUGCCUUCCUUUCGGGGGAGGGGGCUUUGGGUCAAGGAAAUAAACCCCCUUCAGAUGGAGGGAAAAGUCACAUUUAAGAACAGAGGCUGCAGCCAGACGGGAACAUUCCCACAUGGGGGGAGCGCAGGGAGAAGAAAAGCCCGUCUGCAUCUUCACAACCGGACCACUUCCUGUGUUCCAAAUGCAACAACACAUGUCUCUCCCCUAUUCAGGCUAAGCAAGUAGGUGAACUAAUGUGAAAGCAAAUUUCAGGUGUAUCCUCAGGAAAUGCUAAAGCAAGGAUAGAAGACUCCUCCCAAUAUUCUGGGACAAAUGAGGAGGGAUUAUCCGUCAGCGGGUGGCUUGUGCUACUAACAGAGGAUGUGGAAAACAUUUUUCUGACUGUAAUAAAAUUCUUAUCAUCCUGACAGAUCCUUGUAAAACCUUCUGGGGGGAAAUCUAACAGAGGGUCUUUAGGUUUUGAUAAGCAAGAAAUGGAAAUUGGUGCGAUCUCAAAAGAGGCUAGUUCUCUCAAGCUACCCUCAGCCUUUGGGAAUCUUGUCACAAGCGUAAAGCUCCCCUCUGGAGUUUAUACAGGGUCUACAUGCCUGGUGUUCUUAAGAACACAACAGAUUUAGCACAUGCGCAGGAUCUAUACUUUGACGGCUUCCAUGCCACUGUGGGGGCCACAUUUUGAGACUGGAGACUUGCAAAGAUGGUGUAUUAGCACAGGGAAUAUUGAAGGGGGAGGGCUGCGUUUCAAAAAUGUGGCAUCGCCAGCUCCUCUGCUUCCACAUACAGAUUUGGUCCCCAUGCAACCCCAGACAGAGGCAAAUAUGGCCACAACAUCUGCCUGGCUUGCGAUGAGGGAGCUCAAAGAGCGUCAGCAGGGCUCUCUAUACAAAGCACCUAGCAUGGGGGCACCUACAGGUAAUGGCUACUCAUCUAUUUUCUGCCCAUGCUCUGGGGUUGCAGUUUUCAGGCUUGGGGACAGGAAGGUGACUGGGUUUGGCACCAAGUUGUGUCCCCACUGAGUUCAAGGGUUCCACCUUGAGGUCACUACUGGACAGACCUUGCCAGCCUUACGAAGUGGGGUGAUUAGCAAACAGGGGAAAUUGAAACCACUGGAGAGGUUUCGAAAUGAGGCUUCUGAUGAGAAGGGGCCGCCCCAUUUGUGCUUCUCCAGGGGCAGGAGAAUAUCUAGGGCAGGAGAAUCCCUGCAGGGCCUCUGAGGCUCCCUUUGAUUCUUCCUCUCUCCCAGGACCCUGCAGCUUCUUUUGGCUCCUUGACUCUUCAGGAAGGAUGAGUGAGACGGAUCCUGUCAAGCUAGAGGAGAUGGAAGAGGGAAGAUGGAUGGAUGACCUGGUCAGGUUGUCUCCUGCAUCCCUCCCCACAACCUCUGAGCACUCCCUCCCAGGGACCUCCGAGAGAUCUGGUGAGUUCCAGGGGAGGGAAGAUGGGGACGUGGAUGGAUGGAGCUGGGGAGGAAUUGGGGCUUGCUCAGCUAGGGGGUGGGGGGAGGCAGGCAGGCAGAUGGAGAUGGAGAAGGGCAGCACCUUUUCGGGCUCCCCCACCUGCCUGCCUGCCUGCCUGCCUGCCUGCUCCUUUGUCAUCUGCAGGCAAUUUGAGCUAGGAAUAGAUCACAGCUCCCCGGCCACCGUGAUGAAUUGGCAGCUCAAAAUGUCUAAAACCAGUUCUGUGAUCUGAAUGCCUUACCAAUGUCAGACACUGAUCCGUCGCGCAGCACUAGAACCCACGACUCUUUUUUAAAAAGAUUAGUUUUCACAUAUUGCAUUACAAUAGAGAUGUACCAAAGCCAACACCAUUUCCUCCCCAUCCCCCCAUACAUUUACAUUUCAAUUUCCUCAAUCCAUCAUAUUAUCCUUUUCUCCCUCCUCCCACUUCCCUCCGCCCCCACUCGAUUUCCUCCAUAUUAUACAAUUUACAAUAAUCUUUGAAUUCCACAACCUUAUCAAAUCACCUAUAUAUUCUUAUUAUCUUUCCUUACUAAUUUUUCUUCCAUCCAGUACUUCACAUUUUAAUCUAGGCAUAUUAGCGUCUCUUUUUUUGAGCAAUAUUUUGCCGUAUAUUCAUCAAAACAUUUCCACUCCUUUUUAAAUUUUUGUUCGACUGAUUUCUUCUUAUAGCAGUUAAUUUUGCCCAAAUUAAAUAUUCAUUUAGUUUACAAAUCCAUUCCUCCUUUGUGGGUAUAGUUUGUGACUUCCUCCAAGCAGCAAUCACUAUUCUAGCAGCUGCACUUGUGGAAUGUAAUGGCGUCCGCCACACUUUCCUGUGCCCACUCUCCGUGCCAACUGUGAGCCUGAAGCUGUCUUCUUGGCUCCAAGCCGAGUUUUGCAGCAGCGGAAGUGCCUUGGGUGGGUGAUAAAUCCAAGGCUGUAUGCAGGCUUCUUGCUCAUCUAAGAAGCCUUUAAUCAUUGUACAGAAAAACAUCAUAAAUCAACCUGGAGAUCGAGCGGACAUCUCCUCGGCUCGACAGCUAAAAAUGAAAGCAACUCCCACACAAAGAAAGAUUCCCGUAUGUGAACAAAACCACACCUCAGAAUGUCACACAGAACUGUUUAACCCUGUAAGUUCUGAUUCUCCUCAUAGUACUUGCAUAUAGAAAAAUUCUUCCCCCACCCCGUGGUAUCUCUUCAUCUAUCAGUCCAAGGAGAUAUGUCUCUGGUUUCUUUGUUAUUGAUAUUUUCCCCAUCUUCUUUAGUUCUUCGUGUACUACUAUCUCAAAUUUCUUAAUUUCCUCACACCUCCACCACAUAUGUAUUGUUGUUCGUAUUUCUCCACCACAUCUCCAACAGAGGUUGGAUUUUAUUUUGUAUAUCUUUGCCAGCUUAACUGGCAUUAAGUACCACCUAUAGAACAUCUUUACAAAAUUUUCUUUGAUUUUAUAUGAGGCAGUAAAUCGUAUAUCCUCUCGCCAGAGUUUCUCCCAUUGCUCUAGAUAGAUAGUAUGUCCGAGAUCCUGAGACCAUUUAAUCAUCGUUUCUUUCACUUCUUCCUCCAUCAGUUCCCAGUCCAAUAAAAGAUUAUAUGUUUUGGAUAACAAUUUCUCGUUCUUCUGUAUCACUGUAAAGUUAAAUUUCGAAUCUUCUUUUGCAAAUCCUUUCUUUUAAUCCGAGUUGAGAAUACUUCUAAGUUGUACAUACUACCAUCUGUCAACUUCAUAUUGCCAUAUGUCUUCAUAGGAUUUAAUCUCAGUUUCCCCUGUUCCUCUUCCAAGAAUUGUCUAUUUGUUGGCCAAUUUGUCCUCAUAUUCCAUUUUUUGAUAGCAUAUGCCUCCAGCGGUGAUAUCCACCAAGGUGUCUGUGGUUCCAGAUGUGAUCUAUAUUUGUUCCAAACUUUAUAUAAUGCAGCUCUUAAUGUAUGACUUGUAAAUUCUUUAUUGCCUUUUACUUUUAAGAUAUGCAUGCCAUCUGUAUCUAUUAUUAAAACUUUCAAGAUCCAAUAUAUUCGUUUUUUCCAAUCUAAUCCAAUCUCUUACCCAAAUUAAACAUUCCGCUUCAUAAUAUAAUUUUAAAUUUGGCAAUGCUAAUCCUCGCCUUUCCUUUCUUUCUGUCAAUAAUUUAUACUUUAUCCGCGGGUUUUCUCCUUGCCAUAUAAAUCUCGUUAUAUCUUUCCUCCAUUCUUCAAAGCAAUUCUCUUUAUUUAUAAUUGGUAUUGUUUGGAACAAAUAUAGCAUUUUUGGCAGGACAUUCAUUUUAAUUAUGAAGACUUUAAUCUACUCCAGGUUUCAAAAGCUUUACUUAUUCCUUUCCAAACAUUCUCAUAAUUAUUUUUGUACAGAUAGAUAUUCUUCAUAGUUAGAUCUAUACCCAAGUAUAUUGUUUUUUCCAUAUUCAUUUUAAAGCCAGACACCUUGCCAAAAUCAUAUAUUAUCUUUAUUGCUUUAGUGAUACUUGCUUCUGGUUCUUCUGUUGUUAACAAAAUAUCAUCCGCAAAGGCCCUGAUCUUAUAAACCUCUUUUCCCAAUGUUAUUCCUAUGAUCUCUUUGUCUUUCCUUACAACAAUAUUUCUAACUUCAAUCUAAAAAAUAAAGGUGAGAGAGGACAUCCUUGUCUGGUGCCCUUCUCCACUGGAAAGCGUUCUGUCUUGACACUAUUAAUUAUCAGACUAGCCUCCUGCUUCUCAUAAAUCACAUUUAUACCUCUGCAAUAUUUUUCACCCAGAGCUUCAGAGUUUUUAGGGAAGUUGAAGUAACUUCUGUCAGGUUUGUUGUUUUUGCUUCUGUUUGCAUUUGAUUGACCAAAGAGAUGACUGACCUUGGAGAUGGAGUGGAUUCCAGGAUUGAGCCAAACAAAAUCUAUCCCAGAUAAAAGCCAAGCAAUAUCUCAGUUAAUACCAGCCAACUAAGGAAGUGAAAAAUAUAGUAAGGCCUCACAUAUAACUGUUACGAUAUUGAAGCAAUGCAGCCGCGAGCUGCUAGCUGCUAGCUUGAAAACAGCACAUGAUGGAAUGUUAGGACUGUUCCAUGGGAAACAGAGGGACAGUCAUUUCACAGGGCAAUGCACUGGAAUUAGCUCAGAGUGUAAUAUGAGCUCUUCCUUUUGCUCUUGUACAGAAAGUACAGGUUUUGUUUCACUCUCGACUGCAGGAGUAUGAAGAGAGCAGUCAUGUUUUCUGUAACGCUGCAAAGACAGAAAUAAAGGCGAUGUAAAUACGUUUCUGUCUAUCUCUUUCCCCUGCCGGGGGGGCAGGAAAGAGGGGUGUGUUCUUCUCACGCUGAGAAGGAUCGCCUAUCGCGACCUCUGCCUGGAUCCUGCCGGGAAAGCAGACAGGGAGGUCAACAGGAGACCAAGCCGGGUGCCUGGGAGAGUUGCCAGUUUUCUCCUGAUAAAGGCUUGAUUUCCGACAUCUGGUAGCAGAGGAUGGUUUUGAUCCAUGAAAGCAACAAGAGAGGUUGAUGGAUCGUACUUCAUCCUCUGCAAGGAGAUAAAGAAAGAAUGUGGUAGCGGGCAGAUGGAAGCUACAAGGACGGCUGAGCACCGGAGGAGGUGUUUUUGCUGAGCAACGGAUUCCCUCAAGGUAUGGUGAUUUUAUGGCUGUGAGAGUGAAUGCGAAUUGAAGCAUUCUUCGGUUCACUGAGUGUCUGCUUUUGGAUGAAAAUGAAACCAGCACUGAGAGAGAGCCACAUUCCUCGCAUUCCUGAUUCUUGAUAAGGCUAGUCCAGUUGCUAAGCAACAAAACGUCAGUAAAGUGGAAAGUUACUAGCCAACAGAGAAGGGGCUGGGACUGUAAAAGGCUAGAAAAACACUGGUAAAAAUUCCAGCGUUUGUUUUGUCUGCUAUCUCACUGCUCUUGGAGGGACUUUCAAAACAGCCUGCGUUUAGCUGCCAAGUGCAACGCAGUGAAAAGCCAAUAGACUCUUGGAUUUUACAAGCUCACAGCAGAUAGCUGAGGCUUGAGAUUGAGAUGGCUUUGUUCUCUCAGAAGCUCUGAAAAGCUUGUGAAGCUGGAGUGAGAAGCAAGAGCCAAAAGUUGACUACCCCAGAAGGGGAGAGCCAAGAUGGCGCUGGCCAAGUUCCUGAAAGCUCAUCGAAAGCUGAGGAGAGCUUUGACCCCAAAAGGGGGAGUGAAGGAACUGUUGCUGUUCCUGUACUUGCUGCAAUGGAUGUUGCUGACAGGGGGAGAGAGGCUCGGAGUUCUAGCACCCCCACUGCCAUUGCAAGGAAAGAGAAAGCUGAAGCUCUGAAUGUUGUUUGUUGUCGCAAUUCUGGCCAACCUGGGCAACUUCAGCGGAGCUGUAAGAGGCCACAUCAGCAGAAAGGAGCUAGGGGAAGCUCUGCAAAGCCUGAGGCAUCAGGCAAAAGUCGUACCAAGUCCCAGGUGAAACCUGCAAAAGCAUUGCUGUCAACAAAAGCCGAAUUUUCAACGGAGAACGCUUUUGUUCUUGACACGGGAUGCACACAACACAUGACGUCGCGCCCAGAACUGUUUUCAACGUUUAAGAAGCAAAGCUUCACUGUGAAACAGGCCAAUGGCCAGGAGCUGAAAGCGACCGGGUUUGGAACUGUGUAUCUUGAGAGUCUGAACUUGACUAUUAACAAUGUGUAUUUGGUUCCUGAUUUAAAGUUCAAUCUGCUGAGUGUUUCGCAGAUCACAAAGAAAGGACUGACUUUGUCCUAUGAUAGAGAAAGCUGCAAAAUCUUCAAAGAUGGAGAGCUGUAUCUUUCUGCCAGAGAGAUAGAUGGACUGUAUUUGUUGACUUUUGAUCAAAGUGAUUGCAUAAAUUGUAAUGCAUCUGAAUCUAACAUGAUUUCUCUUGCAGGUAUGACGAAGGACGUCAAGAAGGUGACCAAGGUUAACAGGGCAUUUCAGCGAGUGUAUGCUGAUGUGAUUGGUCCUCUAGCACCAUCUAGAGGCAAUGCAAGAUAUUAUCUUGUGUGUGUGGAUUAUUUCUCUCAUUAUGUGUGGGUAAAUAUAUUGCAGAAACCACAAGAAGCCUUAGAAAGGUUUAAAGAGUUUUGUGACAAGGUUAAGAAUGUUCAUGAUGCUAACAUUGAUUGUCUUUUCACAGAUGAAAAGCCAGUUUUUCUUUUGCAGGAUUUUCAGGAUUUCCUGGAUAAGAAAGGGAUAAGGCACAAAACUGCUGUUUCAGCAGAUGCAUGGAACAAAAGUGUCUGUGUGCAAGUGAACAAAGAAUUGCAAAAUGGCAUGAAGGCACAAUUGCUGAGUUCACAUUUGCCACAUGAGUAUUGGGCGGAAUCAUUAUUGUGUUAUUGUUACUCUUGGUUGAGAAAGGUUUCAAAAGGUUUAGGAAGUUCUCCUUUUGAAAAGCUAUUCCACAUAAAACCUUCUGUUGCCCAUUUUAAGGUUUUUGGGUCUCAUGUGAAAUCUGAUGCUCCAGGUGGAGUAAAGAAUGCUAGAGGCAUUUUUGUGGGUUAUGAAAAGGGUCUCUACAGAGUAAUUUUGUCUGAAUCUGGCCAGGUGAUUCUCACAAAAUUUCUAGAGAGUGCUCCUGAACAGGAGAGAGUAAUUGUUCACACAUUUCCCACUGAGGACAAUUCAGAUGAUGAUGAUGAUUUUACUGAUUACAGUGGUACUGAGAGUGACAGUGAUAGCUCAAAGAGCUCAGUUGACACAGUCAUUGAGAGGAAAUCUCACACAAUUGAAAGACCUUCACAGGUGAAGGAUGAACCACUGUUUACUAUUGGAACUGGUUCUCCAAAGAGUCUUGAAACUGAACCAGUGAGCAGAGAGGAUCAACACCUCAUACGCAGGUCCGAGAGAGUUACAAAGGGUGUACCACCCAAGAGGUAUUCAAAAGAGUUUGCUAACUCUGCUGUAGCAUGUGUUACUAUUGUUGACAACAAGACAGGUUGAAGCUGUGUCUAAGUCAGAGACAAAGACACAACAGAGAGUUGCUAAGCGUAACACUACAUUCCCUAGCCAAGGUAAUGCAGAUUCACUCAUUCCUUGGAAGUCAGACAACCAGAGAGGUACACUGGGGAAACCAGUGGCGGGUAGUUCCAAGGGGGGAACUGAAACAACAGGGGAGUAUUAUAUUUAUAACAACUGUUUUCUUCUCUGGAUCAAGCUUUGCUCGCAGCACACAUUGAUUCAUAUGGGGGAGUAUGUUACAAUAUUGAAGCAAUGCAGCCGCGAGCUGCUAGCUUGAAAACAGCACAUGAUGGAAUGUUGGGACUGUUCCGUGGGAAACAGAGGGACAGUCAUUUCACAGGGCAAUGCACUGGAAUUAGCUCAGAGUGUAAUAUGAGCUCUUCCUUUUGCUCUUGUACAGAAAGUACAGGUUUUGUUUCACUCUCGACUGCAGGAGUAUGAAGAGAGCAGUCAUGUUUUCUGUAACGCUGCAAAGACAGAAAUAAAGGCGAUGUAAAUACGUUUCUGUCUAUCUCUUUCCCCUGCCGGGGGGGCAGGAAAGAGGGUGGUUGUUCUUCUCACGCUGAGAAGGAUCGCCUAUCGCGACCUCUGCCUGGAUCCUGCCGGGAAAGCAGACAGGGAGGUCAACAGGAGACCAAGCCGGGUGCCUGGGAGAGUUGCCAGUUUUCUCCUGAUAAAGGCUUGAUUUCCGACAAUAACUCCCUUCAGUUCUUCCUCUAUCAAAAGCAUUCAUUAACUGUGUUCAAUAAUACGGAGCUCCAUUUCUUUUUGAGGAGCUAAUUAGUUUUUCUUUUCAUUGCAGAAGGUGCUAAAUUGGAAGGGAAGAACAAGGGGGAGCACAACAGAAUCCACAUAGCGGAGAAGUCAUAUAAAUAUUCAGAGUGUGGAGAGAAAAUUGGUCAGAGCUCCCAUUCCACCUCCCAUCAAAGAAAGAGCUUCGUUCGAAGGAAUAGCCUCACUUCACACGAAAUAACACAGAGUAGGGAGAAAUCGUAUCAGUGCUUGGAAUGUGGAAAGAGUUUAAGUAACCGCCGGAAGCUCACUUUGCAUCAAAGAAUUCAUACCGGGGAGAAACCCUAUCAGUGCUUGGAAUGUGGAAAGAGCUUCAGAAAGAGCUUCCAUCUCACUUCCCAUCAAAGAAUUCAUACAGGGGAGAAACCCUAUCAGUGCCUGGAAUGUGGAAAGAGCUUCAGUCGGAAUAACAAUCUUGCUUCCCAUCAAAGAAUUCAUACAGGGGAGAAACCCUAUCAGUGCUUUGAAUGUGGAAAGAGCUUUCGUCAGAGUGGUGAACUCAUUUCCCAUCAAAGAAUUCAUACAGGGGAGAAACCCUAUCAGUGCUUGGAAUGUGGAAAGAGCUUCAGAAAGAGCUUCCAUCUCACUUCCCAUCAAAGAAUUCAUACAGGGGAGAAACCCUAUCAGUGCUUGGAAUGUGGAAAGAGCUUCAUUCAGAAGCAUAAUCUCACUUCCCAUCACAGAAUUCAUACUGGGGAGAAACCCUAUCAGUGCUUGGAAUGUGGAAAGAGCUUCAGUCAAAGGAUCCAUCUCACUUUCCAUCACAGAAUUCAUACAGGGGAGAAACCCUAUCAGUGCUUGGAAUGUGGAAAGAGCUUCAUUCAGAAGCAUAAUCUCACUUCCCAUCACAGAAUUCAUACAGGGGAGAAACCCUAUCAGUGCUUGGAAUGUGGAAAGAGCUUUCGUCAGAGUGGUGAACUCACUUCCCAUCAAAGAAUUCAUACAGGGGAGAAACCCUAUCAGUGCUUGGAAUGUGGGAAGAGCUUCAGUCAAAGGACCCCUCUCACUUCCCAUCAAAGAAUUCAUACAGGGGAGAAACCCUAUCAAUGCUUUGAAUGUGGAAAGAGCUUUCGUCAGAGUGGUGAACUCACUUCCCAUCAAAGAAUUCAUACAGGGGAGAAACCCUAUCAGUGCUUGGAAUGUGGAAAGAGCUUUCGUCAGAGUGGUGAACUCACUUCCCAUCAAAGAAUUCAUACAGGGGAGAAACCCUAUUAGUGCUUGGAAUGUGGAAAGAGCUUUCGUCAGAGUGGUGAACUCACUUCCCAUCACAGAAUUCAUACUGGGGAGAAACCCUAUCAGUGCUUUGAAUGUGGGAAGAGCUUCAGUCAAAGGACCCAUCUCACUUUCCAUCACAGAAUUCAUACAGGGGAGAAACCUUUUCAUUGCCAUGAGUGUGGAAAGAGCUUUCGUCACACAUUUCAGUCUCACUUCCCAUCAAAGAACUCAUACUGGUCAGAAACUAUAAGUGCUUUAAAUGUGGGAAGAGCUUCAGUUAAAGCUGUGGGAAUGUUCAGGGAUGCAGGAGAGGAUAUAUUGUUUGAUUAUAUCCUUCCCAACUUGUGUUAACAAGUUCUACAAUUUAGCAGAGUAACAUUCCCCUUUUUAAACUUGCACAGCGGAUGCGUUUGCUCAGGCUCGUUAAAGACUCUAAAAUACGUUUCGUUGGCAAUAUUCCCCUUUAUUACCUCAUAAAAAGAUAGACAUGACACAGUCUUCUAUAAAAGUAUAAAAAGAGUUUACUCACUUACAUUCUGUUCACAAAUGGAUCCCAGAAGGCAGACUUAAGUUAGAGAAGUAAUAUACCUAGAAACUAUCCCAUAAGGAGACAGUCCUUUUGUCCUCUCUUGGCUGGAAGCAGAGAGAGCAUCUUAGGCUAAGCAGAUGUUGCUUCUUCAACGAAUGUGGUCAGAGAGAGAGAGAUGGCUGACCACUCUGUCAGAGGGGGAUUUUUCACUGGUGUCAGAUGACAGAAGACUGUGACUCCAUGAGACUGGUUUAAAACCAAAUUAAAUAAGGACUAUUUCAAAACAACAAACAGCAAAGCUUGUGGGUGUUUUUCCUGCAGGCAGAGUACAAACUGCAGCUUUUCUCCUUUUGUAGCCAUGGCCAGCUGCAACCAAUUAGCCCAGAGCUCACAAAAACUGUUCUUAAAGGUACAAACAUGUUUCUGUGCCGAAUGAUUCUUUCCCAACACACUCCUGCUUUUCUGUUGCCUGGGCAGGUGAGGUCACGCCCACCUCUAGUCACAUGCAGAGGAAGACUGUCCCAGCCUAGGAGAAACAGGAAGUUCCGACUGGCUGGUCCAGACAUCCCCUUUUAUGUAUGUUAUGAUGCUUUACUGAGAAAUGAUUUGAUUGUAAAUAAAGCUCAGAAGACCCUAAAGGACUAUUUUGAGUUGAACCUGAAUCCCGGAAUUGAAGCAAGGGUCGUAUGGGAUGCAAGUAAAGCUGUAAUGUGAGGUUUUCUGAUUCAACAGAAUUCGAUCAGAAAGAAAGCACAGAAUGAGUAAAAUGAAAAAAUUCUGUCUCAAUUGAAGGAGAAAGAGAAAAAACUGAGAUGUAACCCCCAAAAACCAACAGAUUCAAAAGGAAAUUAAAGCGUUAUAAUUUCAGUAUUCACAAAUAGUAAACUAAGAAAUUGAAUGGAAAAUUAAAUUGAUGAAACAAAAGACUUGAAUCGGCAAAUAAAUGUGGAAAAUUAUUGGCUUGGCAAUAAUAAAAGAGACAGAAGGAGAGUACAAUAAUCAGUAUUAUGGAGAAUGGCAAGAAUAUUGAGAACCCAGCAGAGAUUAGAAUAUGCUUUCAAAAGUACUACAAGCAGCUUUACAAAAAAGAAAAAGAAGAAAAUGAAAAAAUGGAAGAGUUUUUGGACAAAAAUGGAUUGCAUAAAAUUCCAGCGGACAAAAAGAACCUACUAAAUGAACUGAUUACAAUACAAGAAGUUGAAGUGGCAAUUGACCAAAUGAAAAUAGGCAAAGCAACGGGACCUGAUGGUUUAACAUCCAAAUAUUAUAUGUAGUGAUCAGGUGGGAUUGCUAUCAAGAAUCAUAUCAAAAUAGUUGAUCACUACAAUUAUAAAAUAUUUAAAGAUUGGCUGAUACAACCAUUGAUGGAUGUUUGUAACAGGAUUUUACAGGGGGACAAAGCGCCCGAGUCCUGGAAAGAGGCAUUCAUCACUCUGAAGCCCAAACCAGAUACUUGAGCUCUAAGUAAAGAAUUACUGACUAAUUUCUUUAAUGAAUGUCGAUUAUAAAAUAUUUGCAAACAUUUUGGCUACAAGAUUGAAGAAGGUUUUGAAUAAGCACAUACAUAAAGAUCAAUCAGGUUUUUAACCUGAGAGGCAUAUGAAAGAUAAUACAGUGGUACCUCAGGUUACAUACGCUUCAGGUUACAGACUCCCCUAACCCAGAAAUAGUACCUUGGGUUAAGAACUUUGCUUCAGGAUGAGAACAGAAAUCGCAUGGCUGCAGCAGGAGACCCCAUUAGCUAAAGUGGUGCUUCAGGUUAAGAACGGACCUCUGGAACGAAUUAACUACUUAACCCGAGGUACCACUAUAUUAGGAACAUAGUGCAUGUGCUGGAAAGAUUAGAGGUAAAAAAGAAUACUAAAGCAAUGUUAACGUUUAUUGAUGCAGAGAAAGCCUUUGAUAAUGUUUAUUGGAGUUUUAUGAAACAGAAUUUAUGUUAUAUGGGGGUCGGUCAAAACUUUCUAAAUGGUAUUAACGCAAUUUACUUUGAGCAGAAAGCAAAAAUUAUAAUUAACAAUGUGGUCUCCGAAGAAAUUAGGAUUGAGAAGGGAACCAGGAACCAGGAAAGGGUGCCCACUCCCCCCCCCCCCGCUUUCUAUUUCUGUCCUAGAGGUGCUGCUGAAUAUUAUAAGGAAAGAUGAGGAAGUUAAGGCAUAGUAGUGGGAACUAAACAAUAUUAGUUAAAAGCGUUUGCUGAUGAUUUGGUAUUGACUUUACAGGACGCUGAGAUCAGUGCAAUCAAAGCACUGUCUCGUUUUUUGACAGAAUUACAAGCCUGGUAGAUGAAGGGAACACAGUGGAUGUAGCCUACCUUGAUUUCAGCAAGGCAUUUGACAAGGUGCCCCAUGAUAUUCUUGUAAAGAAGCUGGUAAAAUGCGGUCUUGACUAUGCUACCACUCAGUGGAUUUGUAACUGGCUGACUGACCGAACCCAAAGCGUGCUCAUCAAUGGUUCCUCUUCAUCCUGGAGAAGAGUGACUAGUGGGGUGCCACAGGGUUCUGUCUUGGGCCCGGUCUUAUUCAACAUCUUUAUCAACGACUUGGAUGAUGGACUCAAGGGCAUCCUGAUCAAAUUUGCAGAUGAC